AGUUCUUAAAAAUGCAGAAUAUAAUUGGUAUUUCAUCAGCUUUAAUCAAUAUAAUGCAUCAAUAUUUUCAGCAGUGUGAAGAAUACUGUGUAUGUUUUAUUAUAUGGAUCCAAAUAACAAGACUACGGUUCCCUAUUUUAUUAUCAAUGGGAUUUCAAAUGUCCCCAAAUUGCAACUUCCAAUAUUCCUCCUGGUUCUUCUCAUUUAUCUUCUGACUCUCAGUGGAAACCUGGUCAUUCUUCUACUGGUUUGCCUGGACGCCAAUUUCCAUACUCCCAUGUACUUCUUCUUGGCCAACCUCUCCGUCUUGGAUAUGUCCUCCUCCACCACCACUCUGCAUAAGGUUCUUGUAGCUUUUUUAACACAAGACAAGACAGUCUCUUUCCUGGGUUGCAUAGCACAGUUCUACGUGUUCUCCUCCUUGGCCUGUAAUGAGCUAUUGAUAUUGACAGCCAUGAGUUAUGACCGCUAUGUCGCCAUCUGCAAUCCCUUGCAUUACUCCAUCCUCAUGAACCCAAGAGUUUGCACCCUCUUGGCCACAGUCUGUUGGGUUGUGUCUUUUUUAGAGGUGGUACCCUAUCUUGCACUACUUUUGGAAGUCUCAUGUUAUAAAUCCAACAUUAUAAAUCACUUUUUUUGUGAUCUUGUUCCUCUUCUCAGUCUCUCUUGCAGUGACACCUCUGCCUUGGAGAUGUUGAGCUUCGUUGAGGGACUAUUGCUUUUAAGCCUUACACCCUUUGUCCUCACCUUCACUCCUUAUGUUUUCAUUAUUGCUGCAAUAGUAAGGAUCCGUACAAGUGGUGGGAGAUAUAAAGCAUUCUACACUUGUUCCUCACACCUCACUGUCGUUGUCCUUCUAUAUGGAACCUUGGUGUGUCAGUAUCUCAAUCCAACCAGAGAGGACAGUUUAGAGUCCAAUAAAUGGUUUUCACUCUUUAACACAGCUGCCGUUCCCUUGCUGAACCCUCUGAUAUACAGCCUGAACAACAAAGAUGUGAAAGUGGCAUUAAGAAGGACACUACAUGUAAUAAAGUAUUAA